AUGACGGUCACCAUCGAUGAGCACAAAGCCAACCUUUGGCGAAAAAUCAGAAAUGCCACAGGUUUUCAAAGCGGUUUCACCACCUGGUGGGACCAACUGACCAAAGUAUUGCCCGAAUCUCCGCAGCAUAUUCCCAUGAACCCACCGAAUGCAGCAGUUGCCAACCAGAUUUUCCUGGAAUUUUCCAGGCACUACAGAUACCUGGAGAGCAGCCUCACGAAAGCUAGACAUGAGUAUGCCAAGCAAAGGAGGUCAAAAGACCCUUUACUCAUCUACAAAGACUUGCAGAAAGAUCGUGCUGAACCCGGCCCAGCGGAAUUCACUAUGCCAUUCGAAUCAGCUCAGCAGCUGACAGAUGAAAUCCAAGUGCGUGAGAUUGUUGGCGAUAUCCCACCCAUCAUGAAUGCCUUCGAAGCAGAAUGGGUAGAUUUCCCUCCCAUAACUCCUGAAGCCUGGCGAAAAGCAGUUAACAAAAAGAAAAAAGGAGCUGCAGUUGGCCCUGAUGGUGUCACCAAACAGGACCUUGCUAACCUCCCAGAUUCCAUUUUGUCCCAACUUCUUUUGCUGAUCCGUGCCAUUGAACUUGGGGCCCCCUGGCCCACACAAGCCGUUACAGGCCUUCUGGAAUUUAGCCAGCUGUUGGACCUGCAGAUUGACACCUCCAAGAGUUAUGUGCUUGAUGUGCUCAAAAUUCGAGCACAUGCUAUUGCAUCUGACCAGUUGACACCCAUCGAUGAGUGGGCAGUGAAAGGAAAUACAGCAGCAGAUGCAGCAGCAAACGCAGCGAGGUUGAAGGAAAUGUGCUUUGGAUCACGUUCCACCAAUUACUUGUUGAUUUCCAACGACAUUCUGGCUUGUGGGGACCUGCAAGCUCGGGGUCAGGAUGACGACACCCAGACUGCAAGGCAGUGUGGCUGCAAUGCAGGACAGGGUUGUGGUGGAUGGCGGCUGGACGGGGUCACCCUGGGUUCCACUGAUUUCACCGUACAGGGAGCAAUCCGCUUGGAGAGUUCUUUGGCGGAGUUGUCUGUAAUUCCUGGAGUGGAUCCCCGCAGAUGUUUGAAGGGACCCCUCCUGCCUAAAGGUAUCUCCAAUCUGCGUGUGAUGGAUAUUUUGAAUUUGUUCUUGGAAGGAGUGGUGGAGCAGCUGCAAAAGCCAGAGGAUGUGUUGGCCAGUGUUGCCACCACGGCCAAUGGCACUCCCUGCACGGCACCGUCUUUGGCAUCCUCUUCGGGUAGAUCAUCCACAAGGAGCAAUCUCUCGGCAUCGUCAGCAAAGGCCAAGCCCCGUGCCGCGCGCUCCGCCUCUCCACCGCUGCUGGGGCCUUCGUCGCGCCCGGGCACCGCGGCGCCGGGCGGUCAGGAGUUCAAAGAGAUGUCCGAUCGGGCCAACAGUGAGCUGGUUCGCAUGGAGGCUGAAGUUCAAAGGCUCCAAGAGCAAGUUUCUCGCCUUUCGCGGCAGAACAAACAGCUGCUGCUGCAGUUGCGACAGCAACGCUUUCAGCACCAACAGGAGCUACGGCUGUGCCGGGACGGUGCGGAGGAGAGAGGCGAAGACGUGAAUUUGUUGACCUAUUUAAAAGAGGCUCCCGAGCAGAAUGAUGGUCAACUGCAAAAAGAUCUCCAAAGCCACAGCGCUGAUGUCCGCACGUGCUUGAAGAAAGUGCUGAGACAUGCCUUGCUGGAGCAGUUCGGACAGCCGUUUGAUCUGGAGGAGCGAGCAACGAUUGCAACGCCAAUGGAUGGGCUUUCCAUUCACGUGAGGCAGCUUUGGUCAAUGCUUCAUGGGCUUUGGGGAUCCGAUACCCUAGAGACAGUGGAAGACUUCUUCGAGGGGAGGUGCACUGCCGAAGAUGUGGAGUGGCCAGAGGUGGCAGAGAACGCCGAAAAACAAGCUCUGCAGAUGCUGGAGAGGUUGUCAUCAGCCACCAGCUCGUCUCCGAGCUGUGACUCCCGUGCCAAGCCCUAUCAUGUACCCGAGCCACGCAGCGCCGGAAGCGAUGAUCGGGAAGGCAACAGCAGCGCUGCUCUCGCGCCGCUGCAAGAGGUCAGCGAAAGCCCCAUCACACAAAAGCGGCGGCGUUCUCGUCAAGGAAGCGAGCAGCACGCGGCAGGCGACCGUUUGCCCUCCACCCCUUCCUUCGGCAGCCCCUGGCGGCACAUGACUCGCUCACCCUCACCCAGCGAGCCGCAGCGGACGGCGGUGCAACGGGCGCCCAACAUGCCAGCGGUGCCUGGGCCGUAUGGUUUUGAGAAUUGA